AUGGGUAUCUUACCAGCACGUAAGGCUGUCGCGGUCUCUGUGAAGGCAGGACAGGAAGUGAAGGUGGUCAACACGUUUGGCAAGCAAGUGGUGGACUUUUGGGCGUUCAACCCCAAUGAUCCUAAUGACUUUCUGUCGAUGGUUCACACCAGAACCAUCCUACUCAAGGUGGCUCUAUCGAAGGGCGACAAGUUGUACAGCACGCGAAGGAAGCCCAUGCUCGUCUUGACGGAGGAUACGACGAAGGGCGUCCACGACAUUAUUUGGUCGGCAUGUGAUGCCGAGAGAUAUCGGAUGCAAGGCUACGACGGAUACCACGACAACUGCACCGACAAUAUGCACCAGGCGUUGAAGCACACGUUUCCGGACUUCCACAUCGCUGACGACUGGGUGCCGGAUCCGUUGAAUCUGUUCAUGAACGUGGCUAUUGACCACCGCGGCGGGCUGGACAUCAAGACCCCUACCUCCGAGCGGGGCCAAUUCGUGACUUUGCAGGCUCAGACGGACCUCAUCGUGGUCAUGAGUGCUUGUCCUCAGGAUUUGGCGCCCGUCAAUGGCGGGAUGCCGACGGACUGCGAAUACUACGUCUCAGACGCGGGAAGCCUGGUACAUAUUCCACUUACGGUAUCUCCAACACGCCCUCGUCGCGUGAAGGUGGCCUUAUCAUUUGAUUUCGACGCCGUGUCACACUGGCUCGGGACUGGGUGUCAUAAGGACAACAACAUGGCCGAUUAUUCGUCGGGGAUCUUUGCCGGCCAGGUCGGCGCCAUCCGCUUACUGGACAUGCUCAAAAGGUGCGGGAUCGCAGACAAGGUGACGUGGUUUAUCCCCGGCCAUACGGUCGAGACGUUCCCCCACGCAGUCCAAAAGGUCGUUGAGUCAGGAGCGGAAAUCGGACUGCACGGCUACGCGCACGAAGGGAUCUACCAGAUGACGGAGGAGCAAGAGCGGGACGUCCUCCUCAAAUGCAUCGAAGUGGCCACGAAGCUGUGCGGGAAAAAGCCCAGGGGUUAUCGCGCACCCAUGUACACGAUCAGGGAGACCACAGUCAAACUGCUGCGUCAACACGAGUUUCUCUAUGACACGUCGCUCAUGCACCACGACUCGCAGCCAUAUUUCACGCCCAGCGACCCGCCGAUCAAGGCGAUCGACUUCACCCAGCCGGCGUCGUCGUGGCUGCACCCGACAGAGAUCUCGGCGCAGACGUAUCCGGAGGAGGGGCAACACCCGCUGGUCGAGAUCCCCUGCGGCUGGUACAACGAGGACAUGAUGCCGCUGCAGUAUCUGCCGCACCUGGCCAACAGUAUGGGCUACGUAUCGACGCGUGUGGUGGAGCAGAUGUGGAAGGACAAGUUCAUGUGGCUAUGGGACCAUUCUUCUUCCUCGCCACCGGAGGACGGCAGCAGCAGCACCACCACCACUGACUUCGUCUUCCCCAUCUUGAUGCACCCGGACACAUCCGGCCUUGCCCACAUCAUCGGCAUGUCCGAGCGCUUCAUCACCUGGCUGAAAGGGUUUGGAGAUAGCGUCACCUUCGCCACCCACGAGGAAAUCGCCGGCGGGUGGCUGGCGGAGCAGAAGCAGAAGGCGGGCCGUGCUUGA